GUCUUCAGCCCGGCCAAGCCAGAGCAGCAAAAAUGGCCGCCGGUACCGGAGCUGCGAGCGGCCACGGAGCCCGCAGCUCCAACGCCGCUUUGGAGGCCUCCCUGGACCGCCGCUUCCAAGGAAUAUCCAACACCAUGGAGUCCAUCCAGAGCCUCUCCGGUUGGUGCAUUGACAACAAGAAGCAGAGCGCCCUCGUCGUUCGCUACUGGAUGAAGUGGCUCAAGAAAUCCGACCACAAUCAUCGCUUGAAUCUCUUCUACCUUGCUAAUGACGUCAUCCAGAACUGCAAAAGAAAGAAUGCCAUUGUGUUUCGCUCAGCCUUCGCCGACGUUCUUCCCAACGCCGCCCUGCUUAUCAAAGACGCCAAGGUCCGCAAGUCGGUGGAAAGGAUCUUGUCCAUCUGGGAGGAGCGUGGCGUGUAUCCCGAGGAGCUGAUCAGCCAGUUGAAAGCCAACCUGAACAAGAAGGAAAAGGAGCGGGACAAGCAGAAGGACAAAGAAAAGCUGAAGGACAAAGGUGAAGAGACGCCGCCUGCGACCGAUCCAGCCAAGACCAAAGCCGCAAUCAAGUCCAAGAUCGUGGAAGAGUUUGCGCCCGGCGCGCUCAUCGAGCAACUGUCGGCAUAUGAGCGGGUUGCCGCGGAAGAGGACUUCAGGGAGAAGCAGCUGGCAGCUCUCAGGCUGGACAUUUGCAGCACCGAAGCGCUCAAGCGGCUGAAAGACAAGGCGGGAGGCAACAAGUUUGCCAAGGACUUUGAAGACGGCUGCCAGACGCUGCAGGACUUUGUCGGCUUUCUGGAGGAGGAGUUGAAGACGGGGCCCUCCCUGCUGGAAGCUUUGGAGAACGCUGACAUCUUCUACCACACGCAGUACAAGGAGGUCAAGAUUGUGGCGAACGCCUACAGCGCUUUUGCCAACCGUGUGGCCAGUCUUAAAAGGAAGCUGGACUCCCUCAAGUCGACUCUGCCCGGGUCCGAGGACUCACCCGUCCCCUCCCCCUCGGAAGACGCCCCCUCCCCCACCGGCUCCGACUCCCCCUUUGUGGGGAUGGGCGGCACCGGAGCGCGGGUGGACCCAGAGCUAGACGGCAAGGCCAUGGAUGAAGGAGACCUGCCCGGUGACGGCCAAGAGGACGCGGAGGCGUCUGAUGAAGAGGAGCGCUCUUCCUCAACGGCCGGUGACAAGACGAGCGUGAUGUCCCCGGUUGCCGUCAAGUCAGAUGCGGGCUGCAAGACUCCCACCACGCCUACCAAAGUGUCAAAGGCUAACAGCACUGCCGCGUCAACAUCGGUCACACCUCAAGCGACAUCCGCUCCUCUGGGAGUCAACAUGGCCAAGGUGGACCUGGGAAAGAUCAGCUCCAUCCUCAGUUCACUCACAGCUGCCAUGAAGAACACAGCAGGGAGCCCCUCAGGCCGGCCGUCUCCGGGAACACCCGGCGCACCGUCGGCCCAGUCGACAGCCUCCAAGGCCACACCGGCAAGCCCCGCCCUCGCCACUAUAUUGUCACGUGUUGACAUCACACCCGAAGGCAUACUCAACGCUCUGUCAAAGAAAAACACACCAGCGUUGUCAUCUCUCCUGCACAAUGUGACAAACUCUGCUCAGCCCACCCGAGCUUCACCAGAAACAGCAGCGACCGCAUCCUCGUCCUCAGCAAAGACCCCCAAAGCAAAAUCCUCGAUGGGAAACAGUCUCAAGCGAGACGCGCCCAGCAGAAACAGAGUCUGGGAGAAGGGCCGGCAGCUGUCCCCGCCUCCACCGCCGCCUCCUCCCCGCGUCUCUCCUCCCAGCCUGGAAUCCAAAAUCAACAGUUUCUUGCAGGGCAAUCCCGGUUUCAGUCUGGCCUUAGGCGACGCCAGUCCCGAUGGCGUGGAUGGGACCCCGGUGCGCGAUGAGGCUGCCGCUACCCCCACCCAAGACGAGAUCAUGGAUGCACCCGGGAGCGUGCCCGAGUCUUUGGGCUCCUCUGGCAGCAACAACCUUUCACCCACGGCGUAUCGCAGCGAGCCCUGGGACGCUGUGAUCACGCCGUCGGCAAGUAACGACGACGGCGCUGGUGACUAUACCUCCUCGCGCUACGGAGGUGCAAAAAGGAGCAAUGAGGCCAAGAAUGCGAGGAAGCAGGCAGCCUCCGCAGGCACCAGUGAGUUCGCCAAGAUGAAGAAAGAUGCACAACGCAUUCAGGCUGCGACGGCAGGAGGCGGCGCGAGAGCCAAGGCCGAGCGUCGGCUCUCGGCCGGCUCUCGAAAAGCGAGCGUGGGCUCGGAAGACGGCGGCCCUAGUGGGAAAAGGGUGGACGAGCGGUCGCCCGGUAGGGACGGAGGGGGCUACCAUCGCAUCGAGACCCUGGUCCCAUGCACCGAGGGCGCACCCAUUGAGACGGUGGGCUACUCGAAGCAGCCUCCCGCGGGAGAGCGAAUCAAGACGGUGGAGAGCAUCCGCGUGAUUGGCCGAGACUCUCGGCGAGGGGGAGGAGCCGGCUCUCGCUCCGGGGCAUCAAUGUGGUAUGAAGAGGAAGAGUACAUGGAAGCGCAUUCCGCCUCGCCCCACACCGUCCCCACUCCUCUCGGCGCCGGCCAAGGAGGCGGCGGGGACAUGCCUCCUCCCGCCAUGCCGCUCCCGCAUCAUCUCCUAGCUCACCCCUCUGUUCCUCCUCCAGUCCGUCACCCGCUCCCUACUCUCCCCCCACCACAAAUUCCCUUCCAAAUGCUUUACCAUGCCGAGAGUCUGCAGACUCCUCCCCCUUCCCAUCUCCUACACCCGCCUCUUCCCUCACCCCAUUUCUUUAGCGCACCCCCCACUAUACCUCAACCUCCUCCGCCUCCCAUGUCGCCCACACUGUCCCCCUCUUUACCCCCAGGGAUCAUGGUCGGGGGACUUUGCUUGCCGGUCGACCGAUGCAAGCCGCCGGGCAGGCACGACGGCGCGGAGCGAGGAGGCCCCAGGGGCAACAGGCCCUCGCCUCGCCCCCUCCUGUCUUUAUUAGGCGAGCCUCCCAAAGCGCCCCGUCCCGGGACGGUCAAAGAGCCGUUUGGCGCUCACCAUACGCCCCCUAUCCACCGCCCGGGUGCGCCCGGCGCUCCUCCGCCUCUCCUGGGCCGAGUCAAGGAGCCCCCAAAUACCGCCGUCCCCCUGGUUGCGGACGGCACGCCCGCUAGAUCUCCUGCGGCCCCGCCUCUUGGGCACAACGCCCCAGCUAGUCCUAGCGGGCAGCCCCUCAACCACCCUCCCAGUCCCGUGCCCCUCUUGGCACUGCCCACUCAAAGGCCCCCCCUGCUGUCUAACCCGCACAGGCCGCCGCAGCGGGGCCAGCACUCGCGACAUUUUAACGAGCAAGGCGGCGGGAGGUUCCGCGGCAACAAGCGUCCUGGCCCUCCCUUCGCAGGCGGCCCCUUCCAUGGCCCGAAGAGACCCUUCCAACCGCCGCGCUACUGAAGUGGCCACAUGCUGAAAGAGCGAGAGAAGGAGCGCAAGCCACAACGCUAAUGUGUGCGUGUCGGCCUCGCUGCUGUGAGCCUAGGUAUAUUUCCCUACUUUGAAUCCUAACACUUGUGUGUAAAUAGUGUAUUAAAUCUUCAAAGAAUGCUUAGUGCACCGUGUUGUAUAAGCGCAUCUCUAGACUCACUGUGGCAUCAUCCUCAACGCAUAUUAGGAGAUCAAACUAGCGUAGAGGUCAGCUACAUACAUCUAUUUGAAUUCCUUACAGUGGUCAUACAUUUCACGGAAGGUCCCACUUGAUACACAGCCAAAAAAAAAAAGAUGUCAACUCAUGAACCACAAUUUGUUCCAAAGUUGCUUUUCCUCCCUGAAGGUAUAAAUGUGAGCACUGUCCUCCAACGGUGUUUGAAGCCAGUUCCAGAAUUUGUAAAUAACCCUUGUCAAAUUUCCUCUUCCCGCCUGUCCCUCCCGCCUUUGUCAUUUUAAGAUUAUAAAUAUGAACGAGUGACUGCCUGCCUUUUUUUCCUCCCCUCUUCAAACUCUUGUAAAUGAUGCUCACUGUUUCAGCCUGUUGUUAAUUGUGAUCCAGGCCAUGGAAACACUCAAUUAGCGCCGAUUGCCUGUUUUAUUUGUUCAUUUUUUUCCCUUUUCAAUCCAGCAUAUAGAAAAAGAGUAAAUCAUUUUGUGUUUUAAUUAGGGAUGGGCAUGCUAGUCCACCCGUAGUUGUUCUGGCUAGAACUAUAGCUAUAACGUGAUGGGAAAUUGAGUUACAUCCAUGCAGUGACUCAAAAUAAGUUCCUUGAUGCUUUUCGAGAAGAUUAAAGUUCAAGAUUUCCCUUCACAGCAUGUACUCAAAUGCUCAUCCCUAAUUUUAAUUUCAAACCUAUUUUGGUGCCUUGAGAUAUGAGUGACCCGAUUCGCAAGCAACGAUAUUCACAUGCUAGCAUCUCUCGUUGCACUUUUUGAAAGAUAAAUGGUGGCGUAAGACAUUUUGACAAUUCAUGUAACGAUGUGCACUGUCACCUGUUCUUUGUCCUCCGCGAAAAGUGACGAUUGCACAAUUUUGCCGAGUCACUCUUAGUACUGGAAGAAGAGUUUUUGUUUGCUCUGCACUGCCUCCGAUGGCCAAGGCGAGCACACCAAAAGGAGAAGGAAAAUUAGGUGGUUUGCAGAAACGAAAAACUGUUCCCGUCUUUACUGUGUUUGUUGGUGCUGUGACGCCUUUGCAAGUACAACUGUAAAGAAUGCUAUUGUCCUAACGUAGACAAUUUUCUGGGGGGGAGAGUGCGGAACAAACGAAUGGCUUUUCCAUUCAUUUUACUCAGAAGAGUUUUGAGUAUUGAGCUCACGGAAGAUAUUCAGCUGGGAUCUCAAGGCACCAGCACGCUUCAGGUUAGCAUCAUGGAGGGAAAGCAGUCAUGCCACAACUUUGGGGGGCUCCUGCAUGUCCUGACUUGAAUAAAAUCCAGAGUUUGAAUGAAAGAGGAGCGGGAGGGGGCGGGUGGGACUUGAUUCGCUCUUGAAUAAAUAGCGCUUUGUAGUUUC